CGAAGCUUGCCUGUCAUGGACCAGUCACCGAUGCAAUCGCCCAGGGCGGCACCUACACUCAAUAACCCUGAAGGAGCGACGUCAGAUAUUCCUUCGCAGUCUUUGGCCUUUGGUGGGAGCACUUACAACGCGGCCGACAAGCAGCCCCGCCCCUUGCCCAUUCGCUUCCACAGCUCUGACGACAACAACCCCGCUCGAAAGACUUCUGUACAGUUCAUGCCGAAUGUCAGAGUCGCUGGAGGAGCCACCACUGAAGCCAGCCGCAGCCGCAGUCGUAAGCCACUACCCGUCAAGGAAUCCUCGCUCAAUAGGCGACUUAGCAUNCAGUUCAAACCGCGUGUCUCCUUUGACACAUUCGACAACCGCGACGCUUCUGACUUCUCCCUGACGCUGAGUCGCAAGCAUCGCGAGUAUGAAUACACCAAGCGCUCGCGUACCUUCCUGUGUGGCACAGAUACGAACGACUACUCCGAUACUGCUCUGGAAUGGCUGGUUGACGAACUCGUCGAUGACGGCGAUGAAGUCGUUUGUUUGAGAGUGGUUGAAAAGGACAGCAAAGAAGCAGCCAAGUGGUCUGGUGGUGGAAGCGACAGAGGAGGCAGAGAGCGCAGCUACCGGAAGGAGGCAAACCGCAUGCUCGAACGCAUCGAAGAGAAGAACACCGAAGACAAGGCCAUCAAUAUCAUCCUGGAGUUUUCUAUCGGCAAAGUCCAGGACACGAUCCAGCGCAUGCCCGCCAUACUAGUUGUCGGUACAAGAGGUCGAUCUCUUGGAGGCUUCCAAGGCCUGCUGCCAGGUUCCGUGUCCAAGUACUGUCUCCAACAUUCACCCGUCCCCGUCAUCGUCGUACGUCCCUCAUCCAAGCGCGACAAGAAGAAGCGACAAAGACUUGAAGAUCCUACUCGCCGUGGCUACCGCGACAUUCUCGACAAGAGCGACAACACUGCCGCCAACGGUGCAGGAUAUACCUUGGAUCCUCUACAUCGCCUGAGCAUCAUGCCCGGCGACGGCCUCGGUGCUCUCCCCGAAUUGGAAACACGCGAUGCCGAAGAAGAAGCCCGUAUGGUUGCCGAAGCCAUAGGCUACCGACCAGAUCAGAUCGCAGCAGACGGAGAGCCCCUUAGUCGCGUGACCUCCGCUCGCUCAGACAUUAGUCGCCGCAGUGGACGCAGUGGUCGCAGCGGUAGUUUCGGCAGCAACCGCAGCGAAAGUCCCGAGACUCUGCGUUCUCCAUCGCGCGGCCUGAUGCAAUCGCCUCAACUUCGCGCAGUCCCCGACUCUGGUGCCGAAACAUCGGAAUUCGACGACUCGGAUGACGAGCGCGAUAACAGUGCCGCGGCACCCCAUUCCGCAUACUACGAGGCGCAGGAACGAGCAUUGAUGGAAGCNGAGAGAGCGAGCACUCAAAGCCGAGGAAGAAGAAAAGGAGAGGGAGAGGCAGACCAAAGAGAAGAAAGAAAAUGCGAGGUCAGGGGCGGAGGCGGAGUGCUGGAUUUGCUGGAUCAACUNGGGGGAGGAGGUGAUGAACCGAAGGCAUCGACCAGAGGCAAGAAGUCGAGAUAUCCCAUUCCUUGA